GUAGAGGCUAAUUGGCUGGUUGUUUUAGAUGUUCACCUCAUGAACAAAGUAUUGCUGGAUUCCUCUUCAGUUGGGAUAGUCACAGUGAGGGAAAAUGUCACUGCCGAAGGUCUUGGGUUGUCAUCUCAUAUUGAUGCUGUCUUCAUUCACUGGAGCAGCUAAUGGAUACUACGAGUAUAUGUGGAGUAGAUGCAUCUACAGUAACCGUGAUUUCAGUGACAUGGUGUACAUUGAUAACUAUUCCUUCAAUAAAGAUGUGGAUGUACAGUUCAACAGCACUGUGGGGUAUUAUGUGGGGUAUACUGAACCUGGAGUACAUUAUGCACAAUUAUGGAACAAUGAUACCAUCGGUCUGCAGCAAGAGAGAGCUGAGGUGGAGAGAGUCUGCAAACCUAAUGCUGAAUUAUAUUACACCGCUCAUCUUAUUGGCAAAGCAGUGCCACCAAAGGUCAAGCUCAGUUCAGUGACUCAGGCUGGUGGAAGACACCCAGCUAUGUUGAUGUGCAGCGCUUACCGCUUCUACCCACGCUGGAUCACAGUGUCCUGGAUGAGAGAUGGUAAAGUUGUGAAGUCUGAUGUGACUUCAACUGAGGAGAUGCCUAACGGAGACUGGUACUACCAGAUUCACUCCCACCUAGAAUACACUCCCAAAUCUGGAGAGAAGAUCUCCUGUGCGGUGGAUCACGCCGGCUUAACUAAACCCAUCAUCAUAGACUGGGAUCCAUCUCUUCCUGAGUCUGAGAGGAAUAAAAUAGCCAUUGGAGCCUCUGGCCUGGUGCUGGGAAUCAUCAUAGCAGCUGCUGGACUCAUUUACUACAAGAAGAAAUCAUCAGGGAGGAUCCUGGUACCAUCUUAAUGAAGGUCAGACUGACUGGAAGAGGAUUCAACUUGACUCAUUGAUGGAGAAAUCACUUUCUGAACUUUACACUGAUGUUUAAUUUUUAACAACAAAUACAAUUUUGGAAAAUGAAAACAAUAACAACAAAUCUAAUACA